UUCAGUUGAUUUUUGUAAACAAAUUGUUUUAGCUAAAGUAGCUAAAAGCUAAACAAUAAUGGCAGAUAUUCAAGUAAUAACUCAAGAUUUUGUGAACGUUCAUAUCACAAAGUCUGAUAGUGAAGAUGCACCGCCUAUUGAGAGAAGAUUCAAGAAAGAAAUCACUGUCUCGGACUUUAAGGAAAAGCUGGAACUGGUGACUGGGGGCUCAGCAGCCAGCAUGCAGUUGAAACUGUAUGACAAGAAGAACAACUACAAGUGUGAUAUAGACAACAACAGUGCAUUGCUCGGCUCAUACCCCAUAGAUGACGGUAUGAGAAUCCAUGUGGUCGACAAGUUUGCUAUGACCAAGGAAUUUGGAACCACUGAGAGUGUUGAGAAGUUUGAACUGUCAGAGUCGGAGUAUGAGAAGAAGUCGGACACGGUGCGUGCAUUCCUGCUGAAGAACAAGCUUGGCAAGUACAACGAGGAGGAGAUGAAGCGGAUCCGCGAGCAGCAGGAGAAGGAGUUGGAGGAAGAAGCCAAACUAGCGGCCUCAGUCCUACUCGGGGCGCGGUGCGAGGUGCGAGUGCCGGGGCAGCCGCCGCGCCGCGCAGCCGUGCGCUACAACGGACCGCUGGAGGGCAGCAAGGGCCUGUUCAUAGGCGUGCAGUAUGAUGAGCCGCUAGGGAAGAAUGAUGGCGAAGUAAAAGGCAAGCGCUACUUCACGUGUCCCCCGAAGUACGGGGGCUUCGUGCGGCCCGCCUGCGUCACUGUGGGGGACUUCCCCGAGGAGCCCAGCGGCCUGGAGGACGACGAGAUAUAGGCUGAGGAAGGUUGAGGAUAUGCUGU